AUGCGAGUACGACACUUUUUGCUGAACACCUUCUACAAAAAGAGAGCAUGGGCCAGAGCAGCCUGGUUGCGCAACCAUAUACGCAACAGUCGGGGCCUCUUGGAUCGCGUUGUCCGGCGACUGGCGAAGCGAAGCAAGCUGGUGAAGCCGAGAAAGAAUGUGACCACCAGCUGGCUUGGUAAACAGUUGAGCCGCAAGCCACGGUUGGCCCGGUUUCUGGGGCUGCUCGGAGUGGUACGCAUCACCUGUGGCGCCUGCUCGAAUGAGGGCAACCCGAAAGGAGUGAACUUCAAGAAUGAGUUCAUCCAAUGCAACGAAUGCGGUACCUACUACUGCCAUAUUUGCAAUGCCGACAUCAAAGGCAUCUGCAUGGUCUGCGAUCUGCCGUUGGAGGAGCUGUCGAUAGAGGUGGAUAUGGAGAAGCUGAGCUCGGAUGAGGAGUCUGAAGCAAUGGCCGUCCAUCUUCUCACCCUCCGAGAGAGAUGGGACGUCACGACAUUAGCCGGCUCCACCGGCAAAGGCGUCAUUGAAACCGAGGAGACUAGGGAAGACGUCACUUUCUCCAGUCUCUCGGAGGACAGGAUGAAUGACCGCAAAACAUGA